AUGGAAGCAGCACAUAGACCUGACCAUAGUCAAAGCCACAAAAGCACUGAUGGUGUGCAACCGGCUGGCUGCAAAGCGACGGUAGCUCUCAAACUAUCGAAACUGCAAAGACUCGCAUGCGUCUGUAUGACGGGAGCCAUGCGCACCUGUCCGACGGCUGCACUUGAGGCCCUGCUGGAGCUCACACCGCUUAACUUGGUAGUCGGUCAAGUAGCCAAGCACACUCUGCUUCAAAUGACAGCAGAGGGGACUGGCAAAGGUAAAGUUAUCUCAUCCCGACGCAUGGAAGAGCUAAGUGAUAUCAUACCACUGGCUCUUCUUCCAAGGGACACCAUUAGCAAAAAGGUGAACUUCACCAAGAAGUUCAAGAUCACUCUCGGCAGCAAGGCCGAGUGGAGCGACUCCGCUCUCGAGCUAUUACUUUGGGAUAGCUCGAUCACCGACGGCUCUAAAACGGGGGAGGGAAUUGGCGCAGGGGUCGCGGGACCACGCACAAGGCUCUCCAUACCUAUGGGUAAGUUUCCGAGCAUAUUCCAAGCGGAGGUUUUUGCUAUAAGUCGGUGCGUUGAGUUAAACCUCCAGCGCGGCUAUCGCAAUGAACGUAUAGCUAUUCUAAGCGAUAGCCAAGCGGCACUCAAGGCGAUCACGUCGUACGAGGUGAAAUCGCUACUGGUGCUGGAGUGUAUAGAACGGCUGAAUAACCUGGCAGAGUGCAACCAAGUGCACCUUAUUUGGGUGCCUGGGCACAAAGGCAUUGCCGGGAAUGAACUGGCCGAUAAGCUUGCCCGCUCCGCAGCAUCCGCCAGCAUGGUAGGACCUGAACCUUUUAUAGCGGUGGGUUCCCACGCCAUAAAGGAGCGGUUCCGCAAGGAUGAAGCAGUGGCGCCAUCUAUUGAAUACUUACUCAAUCCAGCCAACAGUUAA